CUUCACAAACAUUUGUACUGCUUGUUUCUCGUAUAAUUUUUGUGACAUUUAAAAAGAAUUAUAUUUUCUGAUUUCACAUUGACAUUAUUUAAAUAAAGCGAAAUGUUGUGAUUGGUUUGAUCAUUUUGUGACUUUCUGUAUCACUAUGGCAGAAUCUUUGACAGAAGCAGAGGAGGAAGCUGUUCAAGAAUUUAUAGCAAUUGUAAAAGAAUUACAGCUGCACAACAAUGGAGAUAGGAAGUCUUGGACGAAAUCAACUGCCAUCAAAUUUAUGAUGGCUAGAAAAUUUGAUAUCUGUAGAGCUGCUGCAUUAUUUGAGUCACAUGAGGUUACAAGAAGGCGUGAAGGUUUAGUUAGGUUUGAUCCCACUAGUGAUGCUUUAAAAAAAGAACUGGAAACAGGGAAAUUUACUGUAUUGCCUGUAAGAGAUAGCAGUGGUGCUGCUAUUGCCAUUUUUACCGCCAGUAAGCAUGUGCCAACUGAAACUUCUCACCAAGUUACACUUCAAGGUGUUGUGUAUCAACUUGAUGUAGCUCUAGAAAGUUUCGAGACACAAAGGCGUGGAAUUGUUUUUAUUUAUAACAUGACUGGAUCAAAGUAUGCUAAUUUUGACUAUGAACUUAGUCAGAAAAUUUUAAAUCUAUUAAAGGGUGGUUAUCCUGCCAGGCUGAAAAAAAUAUUAAUAGUUGCUGCUCCAUUAUGGUUCAAAGCCCCUUUUAAAAUUCUUCAGCUAUUUUUGAGAGAAAAAUUACGUGAUAGACAAACUGGAGGAGCACCUGUACAGAAGGUAUUUAUGGUUUGCAUUCCUCAACUGUGUAUUCAUAUACCAUCAUCAUCAUUACCCAAAGAACUUGGAGGCAGCUUCACCAUUGACCACAAAGCUUGGCUUCAACACUGUCUAAAAUCAACUACAAACAGAUACCACGAAGAACUCUCUAGCUCGCCCAUCAGUCCAACUCCUCUGCAAAAUGGCACCAUUCUUCCUUUCAGCGGAAUAAUUCAAGAAAAUGGCUUGAUUCACAUACAUCAAAGCUUUAAUGAUUGCGAAAUGGACGUCGAUGAGACGAGUGAUCAUCAAAAUUCAGUUCACGAAAAGCAGAAUUCUGAAGAGAGGGAAAAAGAAGUUGAAGUUUUGAAAGAAGAUCUGUUGCAACUCACUGUGAAGGAUCUUGAUGAACCUUGCCCGCUGACCCCGGAAUCAGGCGUCACCGAUUUCACUGAGGAUGAAGAAAAGCACCUUUCAAGUAGUACGGCAUCUCUUUCGAUAUUCGAAGAUUCUGUCCACUCCGAAAGCUGCGCCGGUAUGUCUUUAGAAGAAUUCAUUGAGCACCUUCGUACAAGAGGGAGGAAAGGGUUGUACCAAGAGUACGCAGAAAUAAAAGCUGCACAACCGGAGGGCACUUUCGAAACUUCCAAGAUAAAGCCCAAUCAGCAAAAGAAUCGAUAUACAGACGUGCUUUGUUAUGAUCACAGCCGUGUAAAAUUAUCUAUUGUAGAUGAAGAUCCCUAUUCGGAUUAUAUAAAUGCUAAUUUCGUUGAUGGGUAUAAACAGCGAAAUGCAUUUAUUUCUACUCAAGGUCCUCUUCCAAAAACAUUUCCUGAUUUUUGGCGUAUGGUUUGGGAACAAGAAAGCCAAGUCAUUGUGAUGACGACAAAAGCUUUAGAAAGAGGAAGAGUAAAAUGUGGGCAGUAUUGGCCCAUAGAAGAAAAUGUCACCCAAGAGUACGGUGACUUUGAUGUCUUCAAUGCUGGCGUAGAAGAUUUUGCCGAUUAUAUUAUAUCUAAUUUAGUUUUAACCAACAAAAAGCUUGGCACUUCUCAAGAUGUUGUACAUAUGCAGUUUACAAGUUGGCCAGAUUAUGGAGUACCACACUCUGCUCUGGCAAUGCUUGACUUCAGAGAUAAAGUACGAAUGAAGCAAACAGAAGCUGUUGCAGCUAUAGGAGCCCAUUGGCAGGGUCAUCCACUUGGGCCUCCUAUUGUUGUCCAUUGUAGCGCUGGCAUUGGCAGGACAGGGACAUUCAUCACUUUGGAUAUUUGCAUCAACAGAUUAGAGGCGACCGGUCUAAUAGACAUUAUUAAAACUGUCGAGAAAAUCCGAGCCCAACGAGCGUAUAGUAUUCAAAUGCCUGAUCAGUAUGUGUUUUGUCAUUUGGCUUUAUUAGAAUAUGCUUUGAGCAGGGGUCUCCUGGAAGACGUGGAUCUCUCGGGAUUCAACGACGACGAUUCAGAGUCCGAGUAAUAUCGUGCAGUUUGUUUCUGUCAUACCACUGUUUGUUAAGCAUGUCUUAUUUACGAUUUGUUACAUAUCCUAUCAGAAUUUACCCUCAAAAGUUCACUCUCUGGUUUUUGGUAAAUAAGUUUAUUUAACGUACUGUAUGCAUAGUUUUAAAGCUAAUGUUGUAUCUGUUUUGUUCAGAAAUAGACAAAGAGUAAUUUUAAAUGAUUUUUAACAGCUGGUCAAGUUUCAUUAUUGAAAUUCAAAAGUUUUCAUUUUGAUGCAAAAUUUUAACUAGAAUGAACUGUUUCAGAAUAUAUAUAUAUGUAUAGUAAAGUUUCACAUACACGGGUAGCACAGAAAUAAGUGUAUGUAACAAUGAAGAUAAACAACAAUAACAACAACAAUAAUAAACAUGGAACAUUAAAAAAUAAACUAGGAACAUUGAAAACAAGAAUUAAUGAAAUCAUGGGUAUUAAUCUGCUGCUACCUUUACGAAGAGCUGGAGCAGCUGGCAUAUUAAAUAUUCUGCAAGGUAUUUAAUAUGCCAGCAGUAAUGUAUUUUCUUGCUUACUGUAUUAAGCCUAAUAAGUAGCUACACUCAAAUACACAUACUUUUACUUUUAAUUUUUGCUGCAUGUAUGAUACUGACCCGCACAGAAACCUUGGGUGUGUGAAUGACACCCAACAGAAAUGUUGGGUGUCAUGUCAAUGAAAAAGUUUGUAGCUGUAUAAAUAAAUUUGUUCCUAGAAAGUUUUUAUGUGAAAGUCACAUUAAAAUUUUCUGAAGAGUUAAAGCUAGAUUUCACAUUUAAAUGAAUAAAGGAAGUGUUGUAAUCAAGAAAUAUUACAUUCUAAAUUUCUACUUUACUCAUCCCCGAAUUAAUGUUAAGUUUUUUAUGUUAGUUUUUUAUGCUGAGUUUGUUUAUGUUAUGCACGGCCCAUCUGCACGUGCAUAUGUACAGACGAACACGUGGACAGCUGCAAUAUUCAUUUUAACCAAUCCGAAUUGAUUUUAACAAGUUUUCUUGUUGCAUAUGUAUGAAUGUGGGUAUGUAUCACACACUACUAAAAAGUAAUUCGCUGUGGAAAUUUGAUAUUUUGUAUCUAGGGUCUUUAUGGGAUUCAGUUGUGCACCUUCCCUUUUGGUUGCAUUCCAAUGUUCCAAAAGGAGUCUAUAAAGCCUUUUUGUGGCAAAUCGACAUUACUUUUAAUGCAGGUUGAAAUUGUGAUCACUUUAUAAAGCUUUGCCAAGUUUUUGGCGAAAAGGAAAUGCCAAUUUAGUAUAGAUUUGGUGCUAUGUAACAAGAUCCCUGUAGAAUCAGUGUUAAAAUUAUUGAUAUCUCUAAUAUUUGUUCCUGUAUAACGGUCUUUUCUUCAUCAAUUGGCAACAAACUUGGGCUGUUAAUACUCUAAAUGAUUUUAUGCUGGCAUUAUUUUAUUGUAUUAAUGUUCCUCUUACUCGUUCCAUUUAGUUUUUGUGGCCACAAAUUCAGAUCUCAGAUGAUUGCUUCAAACUCUCGUACAUGUACAGAUGCAAUUAUUCUCUGUUUGAGUCAUUAUAAAACUUAGAUUAUUUAAAGACAUAAAUGAAAGUUGUGUGGGGUUCAAAAUCAGAUUUUUUUUUUUAAAUGUGUUAUUAAAUAUUACCUACUAAUUCUUGUUCAGUAGCUUAUAUAUGCAGGGUGUAAAAAAAUUAUUAUUGCAAUGUAAUUUAUUUUGUGCAAUUUCCACAAAAAAAACCCCAACCACUCUCAUACCUUCUCACACACUUAAAAUACCUACUUAAAUGAAAGAGGUAUUUCAAAACACUGGAGGUGUGCUGUAGAACGCAGUAAAACACACUGUUGUUAGACUAGAGAUAUCACAUGGCCCAGUUGAAAAUAGUAAUGCCAAAGCUUCUAGAAAAUCAGUAAAAAUAACAGUAAUUAGCUCUAAUGCUUUGAAAUGAACCGUAAAACAUCAACAGACCAUAUGUUUGAGCUCUAAAAAGUGUCCAAAACAUAAGAAUAAUGCUGAUGGGUUUGACAUCCAAACGCAUACCAGUGCUGACAAAUCAACACUUGGUCAUAGCGGGGUACAAGUCAGACUUACUUACCUUUGAAAGUGCAUAACAUUUCUAACAAAACUAAAUAUUUAGCAGUGAGUUACCGCCCCUAAGCCAGUGCUUAGGCAGAACUACAUGCAGUAUACCAGACAGCUUGGUUAUCGUAUCGAGAGACUUCAGUUUUGUUCUUGUUAGAACUUAUCUGUCUGGAAUAGUGAAUUGAAUAACUAAGCUGGAGGAAAAUGUCAUCUCAUUAAAACUGAGAGCGGCAACAAUUUGGUAGAUAAAGUAACUUUAUCUCACCAGCGAGUUACCCACGACUAUCCUAUAUUUUUUCUUCGAAACUCCUAUGUGUUUUUUACUUCCUUUUACAAGAAAGGAAGUAUUGUAUUAGCGACAAAAUUUUCACUCAAAAAUCGACCCUUAUUUCCAUUUUGCUCACCCCCAAAUGAAUGUUGAGUUUUUUUUUCGACUCGACCACAGGUGGAUAAUUGCCUAGGAAUCUAUAGACACGCGAAAUAACCAUUUUGACAAAUCCCGAGUUAAUUACAAUGAGUUUUCUCAUCACGUCUGUAUGUACGUAUGUAUGUCGCAUAACUCAAGAACGGAAUGUCCUAGAAAGGUGAAAUUUGGUACGUAGACUCCUAGUGGGGUCUAGUUGUGCACCUCCCCUUUUGGUUGCAUUCGAGUGUUUCUAAAGGGGUCUUUUCACCCUUUUGGGGGGGGGAAUCAUUGUUAAUUUCGAUGUAAACUCAAGUGGUGUCAUAAUUUGGCGGACACUCGGCGAUAUAUCGCCAGUCUUUUGGUCGCCAAGUUUUGUUGCCAACUUGGCAACAAAUUUGGCUUUUUUUUUUUUUUUUUGAAUGGUUUCAAUUUGGCCACUGUUUGUGAUAUUUAGAGAGUAAACUAUUGAAUCACAUUAAACCUGCCAAUAAUGAGAAAAUGACAUUAAAUUGGAGUAAAAGGAAGUCAUGUGAUGCACAGAUCAGCUCGUUUCACUUGCUAUGAGCCCUGUAUCUGCAGCAUGGUGCAGUUCAACUUGCAAUGUAUAAAGGAUAUAAUUAUGUCAAUAACAAAGUAUCAACUAGUUGACAUUUUUAAGUUCAAAUUUUACAAUAUUUUCAUCUAAUGUGUGUAAUACCCUUACACAUAUAUAUAAAUGUAUGUUU